GGGGGUGCAUUUUACGGCGGGGGUGCAUAAUUCGGCACAACACCGGCUAUAGUGCGCAUGACACAAGACGUCACGACAGCAGGAUUGUCACGUCCAGUGUGCUAGCUGCCUUGAAAGCACAUUGAUGAAGAAAGCAGACAGCAGGACUGUAAACAGUCAGUGGUAUCGUGUGUUAUUCAUUAAGUACAUCAUAUAAAAUACAUCUUGAGUUAUUGAUGUCACGAUAUAAUCGUCAUCUCGCGCGAGAUGCUUCUUGGGUUAGCUUAGCUUGUUAGCUGCUAACGAGACUUGGAAGUUGUCAAAGCGUCGUCAAAGGGAGAUCCGGUGUGAGUAUAAAGUGUGGGGAAAUGUGUAAAGUCCAUGUGCUGAGAGCGUUGGUGAGUCAGCGGCUAACUGCAGCGGUGGAAGAGAUUUUUGUUGUGAUAGAAAAAACGUUAACAGACUACGAGGAGGAACUUUCUCGAACAAAAGAGGAGAAUGAGCGACAACGUCAACUACUGGUCGCGUUUUUCAAGACACACAAAUCAGAUGAAGGUCUUCCCCCUAAGCAGGGGGAGCCACAGCCCCACCACGUUAAAGAAGAGGAGGAGGAUCACAGCCUCAGUCCAGAGGUGGAUGGACUAAAUGAUUUCCCAGUGAUCCGUGUCAUUGUGAAGAGCGAUGAUGAGGAAGACGAGGGUCAAAGUGAGGAAAGAGGGGAGGAGCAUCCAAGCAGCAGUUCAAAUCAACACACGACAAGGGAAGCUGAUGCAGACAACUGUGGAGGAUCACAAGAAGACAAUCUCUCAGCGCCACUAUCUGAUAAUGACGAGACAGAUGAUGAAGGCUCCAAAGUUGAUACAACAAGUCACACUGACAAUACACACUGGACAUGUUCUCAAUGUGACAAAACAUUUGGCAGCAAGAGAAAUCUGAGAAGACACAUGAGUAUCCACACAGCGGAGAAACCGUUUGAAUGUUCAGUCUGUGGCAAAAGAUACCCUACAAAGGAACGUCUGACAGACCACAUGAGAAUUCACGUGAAACGAUUCAUAUGCACAGUCUGUGGCAAAGCUUUUUCUGGAGGUCACCAUUUGAAAAGCCACCUAAGAACACACACUGGAGAAAGACCUUUUUUUUGCUCGGUUUGCGGUCAGACAUUCUCUCAAAAGUGCAGUUUGGAGAAACAUGCCAUCAUGCACACUGGGGAAAAACCAUUCAGUUGUACAUUUUGCGGUCAAAGGUUCUGGCAGAAAGGCACUUUGACAAGACACACAAGAAUACACACCGGUGUGAAACCAUUCGCCUGUUCAGUGUGCGACGCAGGUUUUUGUCACCGUUCCGCAUUAAUCAAACACAUGAUGAAACACAUUGAGGAGAAAUAGAUAAGACACUUCGGUCAUUUGUGUCCAAUCUGUGACUUGUCUUUAGGAAAUAGGAAAAAAAGUCAAGCAAAAUGGUUGGGAUUGCAGAAACAUCAGAUGUAUUAUUGUGUUUGUCCUUCAUUGAGUACUAAAUUUAUUGCUGUCAUAUAACACUGUUAAUAUGGUAAAUAAAGAAACACAAACACUAA